UCAGGUGUCUAGUGUUGUAAAACGAGUAAUUUGGAAAGAAGUAAAUAAUUUUAUUUAUUUCGUUAAAAAAAAUUUCUACGCUGCAAAAUGUCUGAGCGCAAAGUUCUAAACAAAUAUUACCCUCCGGACUUCGAUCCCUCGAAGAUUCCGCGCAUGAAAUUGGCUAAAAACCGCCAAUACACCGUGAGAUUGAUGGCUCCAUUCAAUAUGCGCUGCAAAACCUGCGGCGAGUACAUCUACAAGGGCAAGAAGUUCAACGCCCGCAAGGAGGACGUGGACAACGAGACCUACCUGGGCAUUAGGAUCUAUCGGUUCUACAUCAAGUGCACCCGCUGCCUGCAGGAGAUCUCCUUCAAGACGGAUCCGCAGAACACGGACUACGAGAUCGAGGCAGGGGCCACCAGGAAUUUCAUGGCCCUCAAGCUGGCCGAGGAGCAGGCACGCCGGGAGGAGCAGGAGCUGCGCGAAGAGGAGGCCAACAAUCCCAUGAAGCUGCUCGAGAAUCGCACCCAGCAGUCGCGCAACGAGAUCGAGAUGAUUGAGAGCCUGGAGGAGUUGCGUGACCUGAACCGGCGCCAGCAGACGGUGGACUACACCACACUGCUGCAGCAGUACAACACGGUGGAGACGGAGAGGGAGCGCCUGGAGCGGGAGGAGCGCGAAGACGAGGAGUUUAUCAAAUCCGUCAACUUUAAGAACAAAGCCGAAGGAGGCUCUCGAGUUGUGGCCGAGGAAAUCAUUGAGGAGGUGAAGGAGGAUCCGGUGGAUCUGCUGCCAGCACCACCACCACCCAAACAGUCCAAGCCCAGCACACUAAAAGUUUCCGCCACCUCGUCCAGCAAAGUAGCGUCCUCCCAGCCGCUGGUUAAAAGGAAGACACCCUUGGUAUUGGUCAAACCUAAGGCAGCCACAGUAGCAACUCCCACCGAAUACAAACCAACAGCCACGUCAACCUCAACACUACCUGCAACCGCGGAAACUAAAGCUCUCAAUCCGCCAGCUGCCGCUCCAGCUGGUCUUUCGCUCUUGUCUGCCUACAGCGAUAGCUCCGAGGAUUCCAACUGACCAAGCAUUUACCUGACGCAUUUAACAAAUAAAGAAAUAAAUAAUGAUCCUGUAUCACUAGUAAAAGUAUGCCACCUCCCACAAAAUGUACAAUUCUUGUCAAGAAUUAAAAGCAUCAAAAACUUA